AUGUCUCUAGACAGCAUCACAGAGACCACGGUUAUCCCGCCUCCAACGGUUCCGUCCAUCCUUCAUGGCAAUUCGGAGGUGCCUUUGUUAGAUUUUACUCUCGGCGAACUGCUAGAUUUCCAGUGCAAGAGGGACGAAAGCAUUCGACUUGCGAAAGCCCUUGUUGCUCGAGGGCUACGCGCAGGAGAUCGAAUCGGUAUCAUGGCCGGAAACUGUGAGCAAUAUGUCUCGGUCUUCUUCGCCUGUAUGAGGCUGGGAUGUAUAUUGGUCAUUUUGAACAACACCUACACCGCAUCUGAAGCAUUGUAUGCUCUGAAAUUCACCGAAUGCCGAAUAUUGUUUGCAACCCCCCGGAUCGGUCAUCACGACAAUGGGCAACUUCUCCACCAGCUGAGAGAGAAUCCAGGCACGGUCGAGGAGAUUAUCAUUCUACGAGGCCCGCCCGGCCAUUUUACCCCCUAUGCAACACUCCUAGAGACAGGGGCAAUCGAAUCCGAUGAAAUUCUCGAGGCAGCCUCAAAGACAUUCAGCUGCCAUGACGUUUGCAAUCUCCAGUUCACCAGUGGAACGACAGGCAAUCCAAAAGCUGCGAUGCUGACACAUCACUCCUUGGUCAACAACAGCCGUUUCAUUGGCGACCGCAUGGCCUUGACGGAUCAAGACGUGCUCUGCUGUCCGCCACCGCUUUUCCAUUGCUUUGGCCUUGUCCUCGGCCUACUGGCCAUCAUAACCCAUGGCGGAAAAGUGGUUUAUCCCGCAGAGACCUUCGACGCCGUAGCGUGCCUGAGAGCCAUCUCGGAGGAACGAUGUACUGCCCUUCACGGUGUCCCGGCAAUGUUCGAUUCAAUUUUCAGCCUGCCCCGACCUGAGGACUUCGAUUGCUCAGCCUUACGAACCGGUAUCAUAGCAGGGGCUCCUGUGCCUCGCCACCUGAUGGAACUUAUGGUCAAUGAACUCGGGAUGACCGAGUUCACUAGUAGUUACGGCUUAACAGAAGCUUCGCCGACUUGUUUCAACGCAUUCCACAAUGACCCCACGAGUCUGAAGCUCACCACCGUUGGCCAAGUCAUGCCGCACGCCCAUGCAAAGAUCGUUGACCGACAGGGAAGAAUCGUACCGGUUGGUGAGCGCGGAGAGCUCUGCAUCGCCGGCUAUCAACUACAGCGAGGCUAUUGGAGGAAUGCGGAGAAGACGAAUGAGGUCAUGAUCCGUGACGCAGACGGUGUGCUAUGGCUGCAUACCGGCGACGAAGCUGUCUUUCACAGGGACAAGACGUGCACGAUUACGGGUCGGUUUAAGGAUAUCAUCAUCAGGGGUGGAGAAAACAUCUAUCCCUUAGAGAUUGAGAGUCGCCUGGUCGAGCACGAGGCCAUUGACCGCGCUAUCGUCGUCGGUGUCAAGCAUUCCAGGUACGGCGAAGUGCCGGCUGCUUUUCUCCAACGCACCAGCUCGACUCAUUCAACGGCCCAACGGGAACAGAGCGUCAAAGGAGGAUAUACCAGUCCGAUUACUCAUCGUCCCAGCGACGAAAACAUCCGUGAAUGGGGAGUGGAAAAGUGA